AUGUCCCACCGCGUUUUGGUUACUGGCUUGAUGCCUGAUACCACGCAUGAUGCCCUACGUGACUUCUUUUCUCGCACCGGCAAUGUCGAGGCUGUGGAGCAGACAGCAAAUGGCACCGAGGCCUACAUCACCUUUUCGGACCGAGACAGUGUGGAUAUGACCAUUGGAACUUUGAAUGGGGUGGAGUUCAGAGAUGGAGUCCCUGUAACAGUUGCCGCAGCCCCCCCCUUGUCCUUACCAAUUACGAACGAAUUAAAUCAGAACGCCACCGCGUUAGCUGGGGACUCUAAAAACAGUGAAAGGUACGCACUGAGAGAGUAUUAUAGAUCAAGCCGAGAAGAGAGACUUCGUGAGGGCAGGUACAGCACCAACGGCCGGAGCAUACCACAGGCAUCAUUGCCUGCAUACCACACAGGUGGUUCUAUAAAGGAUUUGCGGGACAUGUACAAGGUCUGUGUCACAAAGCUCUCCCCGCAGACCAUGGAAGAUGAUCUGCGCGUUUUUUUUUCAAAAUCUAUCUCUGACCAGGGCUACAUCAAUGACCUCUACUUGGAUCAUCGUCGAAAUUAUGCCUUUGUUGGCUUUUCGACUGCUGAGGCAAUGGAAGCGGCUCUGAAGGAAUCUGGGACAUGGCUAAAGGGCCAGUUGAUCACCAUAGAGCGCAAACGCAUAUUAAAUCGUGCAAACCGUGUGGUUAUACUUGGACUUCCUUCGGAUUGCACGGAAGGGGCUGUCCGCAUCUUUUUCAGUGGCUGUGGCGAGAUGAGUGACCUUCACCUGGACCCUACCAGAGGCAUGGCCUUUGCGAACUUCACCGAACCCAGCGCUGUGAUGGCGGCGGUGGCUAAGACUGGUGAAGAGAUGGGUGGAAGCGUGCUCACAAUCCAGCACCGCGAGUUCAAGACUUGUUUCCACUGCAAUCAAGACGGCCAUGUCGCGUCACACUGCCCUACAAAGGGGAAUGGUACCGUACCGGUCUGUCACAAGUGUGGCAAGGGGGGACACAAGGCACGGAGCUGCGACUCCCGACCUCCCAUGGGCCCCUACGGAGAGGAAAAGAAGAGGCGGCGACUGGACAACGAGACGCAUAACCGUUACCGAUUGAGAGAGGAUCGGGGUGAAUUGGAUUUCCGGGAUCACCACCACCGCCGCCGCCACUUGCGCUCCCGCUCUCGCUCCCGCUCCCGUUCUCACUCACGUGACCGUUCCUAUCGCCGGAGACACCAACAGCGACGGAGCAGCCAAAGUCGCAGCCGCAGUCGAAGCCGUAGUCCACAUUCUCAUCGUCAUCAGCGCCGCUCAAACCGCAGUCGAAGUCCUGUGCGUUCCUCGCAUCGACAUUAA